AUGCAGCACCAAAAAACACCGUUAGGUACUGUUCUAGCAGCCCAUCUCUAUACCCCAGGACACCCCGAUCGCGCUUAUUUACAGCUCAGUCGCUUUGCUCGAUCUGCAAUGAAUUCGAGGGGCUUAGCAAACAACGCACUCACCAGCGCGUCCCUAGGUCGAAUGGAGGCGCUACGCGCUCUGUCUGGAGUGCCUUCUGGUGUUGCUGGCGUAUCUCCAGUGGACGACAACUCCAUGGGGCCAGGCAACGACACAUCCAACCACGCAACACAUGCAAACCACAACUCACAACAUGGGCACAUUCUGCAUCAUCUCCCGCAUCAACACCAACAGCACAGCCAGGCGCACCUGGGCGGGUUUCCUCAAGGUUCGCAGCCCACGAUGGUUUCAUACCAAGAAACAUACGAGAAGAUGGCCGAUUCUGUGUCAAAAGUGGAGGCAGAGGUUGCUACAAUGAGCCAAGAUAUGGCUUACUUUCGCCAUGUUCUCGAUUUCCAGAACCUGAAGAUUGAAAAAUUGACACAACUUUUACUAGAUUUACUCCACAACAAGGAUGUUACUUCGAUCGUGACGCUGUUGCAGGCAAUACAUUCAAGCGAUCCUUUCAAUGUGGAAGAAACUCACGACUCUGUUGACGACUCAGUGCACGAUUCGGUGCACGAUGUUAAUGCAUCCCUUCCCUCGCUACAAGCGCUGGAUGUGGUUAGCGGUGUGGGUGUCGUAAAUGUUCCAGGAGUACUGCUCGAUGGGAACAUGGAUCCCCAACUUCAUCAAGUGGCUCAGGCGGCAGUUCAGGCUCUGUCUGUAUCAAAAUCGGAUACCCAGGACGACAAAAAGAUACGCAAGCGACCUUUCCACAAAGUGAAUGGAAACUCUGCUAGAGAAGGUUUGUCCAAGCAACAACAGCAGCUGGUGCAACAACAGCAACAACAACAGCAGCUGCAGCAGCAGCAACAACAACAACAACAGGUACAGCAGCAUCAAAAGCAACAGCACCAACACCUGCAACAACAGCAACAACAUCAGCCGCAACACCGCCAACUGCAACAGCCACAGCAUCUUCAGUCACAACAACAACAACUGCAAAAUACCCACCAACCACAACUACAUCUGCAAGACCAGCCUCAGCAAUCAAAUUCGCAAGUAUCGCAAGUGCAAGCACUACAUCAGCACUCACAGGCGCAACAACAAUCAACAGCCAAAGAUUCUGUCGUUGGUAUACCCGAACUUGAGGUUGUCGAUGUAGACCAUCUCAGUGGUCGGAAGAAGCCGAAAGUCACAAUAGAUUUCUUACACAAUCCAAUGACUGUCAAGGAGAUAUAUGAUGAGUUUACCAAAGGUUUCAGAGGCCAACCACCUCUACGAGAAAUGGAUGAGCGUUUUGGUAAGUACGAAUGGAGAGGGGACUCAAGGUCCAAAGAGUCCAAAAGAUUUCAACGACGCAAAAAGCUCUGUGAUGCUAUAGAGCGGGGGAUGACAAAGUACGGUAAAUCUGUCGAAGAGAUCAUCAAUUACAUCGAAGAAUUCCGUGGCGAAAAAUCUUUAACGUGGGUGAUGAACGGAAACUUGCCUAGAGAUUUACUCGAAUGA